GCAGCCCGCGCGUGCGCAGACUGUGUGUACGUCGGCCGGUGUGGGGGACAGCGGAGAGUUGCAGCCGGCAGUGAUCGUGUGUGUUGUUUCUGUGAAAACUCUCGGAGGCGCCGGUAAACAGCGUCCCAGGCCUCGCUCUCGAUAACAAACCCAGCACGAGGCUAAUCUGGCAACAAGGCUAACGAGUGACAAGCAUCGGUCUGGUGAGCAGAGCCUGCCCUUAACUUGAAUGAGUCAUGGCCCAAUUUGGGGGACAGAAGAAUCCGCCCUGGGCGACUCAAUUUGCUCCCCCAGCGGUGUCCCAGCCGGGUCACUCACAGUCUCUAGACCUCAACAGCCUGCACUCUCUGGGUGUGCAGCAGUCGUCUAUUCUGGGAGCAUCUCCCUCCGUUUACUCUCAGCAGUCCGCCUUGGCUGCCGCUUCUCUCAGCAACCAGUCUGCUGCAAACUAUCAGCUGUCUCAGCAAACUGCUGCCUUGCAACAGCAAGCAGCAGCAGCUGCUGCAGCAGCAGCACUACAGCAGUCGCAGAUUAAUUCAGCGCUCCAGCAGUAUCAGCAACAGCAGCAGCAGCAACAACAACAGCAGCAGCAACAACAACAGCAACAACAACAACAGCAACAGCAGCAACCUCCCCAACAGCCCCCCCAACAGCAACUGUACAGUGUACCUCAUCAGCUUCCACAGCCUCAACAGGCACUGCUUUCUCAGCCCCCCGUCGCCCUGUCCACCAGUUUGAGUCUGUCCAACCCCCAGCAGACAGCCCAGAUUACUGUGUCUUACCCAACACCACGUUCAAGCCACCAACAGCAGACACAACCACAGAAGCAGCGAGUCUUCACUGGUGUUGUCAACAAGCUACAUGACACAUUUGGUUUUGUGGAUGAAGAUGUCUUCUUCCAGCUAAGUGCUGUGAAGGGGAAGACCCCCCAGGUGGGUGACAGGGUCCUAGUGGAAGCUGUGUACAACCCGAACAUGCCGUUCAAGUGGAACGCCCAGCGAAUCCAGACCUUACCUCAGCUAGCAAACCAGUCGCAUCAGCAUCAGCAUCAGCCUUUACCUCAAGCCUCCCCACAGCUCAGCAGCCUUUACAAUGAGCCAGGGAUGCAGCUGCGCUACUCAGACAUGCACUCUACUGUGGACAACAGACAAAAUAGCCAGCCUCAAGUUCCUCAAAUGAUGAAAGCAGCCCCCACCAUGCUUCAGUCUCUACCUCCCCCAACAACAUUCAGUGUUCAGGCCCAGGCUCCCCCUCCCCUCCUGCAGGCCCAGCUGUCUGCUGCCUCUUUGGCCCCUCUCCUCCAAAACCCUCCUCAGCCUCUGCUGCCACAGCUGCCACCCAAAGAUGUUUUCCCUGGGGGUCUUCUUCAACCCCCAGUUAGGAUGAUACAACAGCCACAGCCUGUACGACGAAUUGAACCUCCCCCUCGUUUCCCCAGCCGCAAUGAUCGAGGCCCUGAGCUCAUCCUCAGGACGAAAGAAGAACGCAGCCGAGACAGAGACCGAGAACGCAGGCGAUCGAGAGAACGCUCGCCCACACGUAAACGCUCCAGAGACCGCUCCCCGAGACGUGACCGCUCACCAAGACGGCCUCGCAGGGUCGUGCCUCGCUAUACUGUCCAGUUUUCCAAGUUCAGCUUGGAUGGCUCCAGCUGUGACAUAAUGGAGCUGAGGAGGCGCUAUCAGAGCCUCUACAUUCCCAGCGACUUCUUUGACGCUGUCUUCACCUGGGUGGACGCCUUCCCUGUGACCCGACCCUUCCAGUUUAGUAACGCCUGUAAUUUCCACAUCUUGCACAAAGAGGUGGAUCCUCUAGUCAAGAACACAGCUGUGCUUGAUCCUCCCGAUGCCAACCACACCUAUAGUGCUAAGGUGAUGCUGCUGGCUAACCCCAGUAUCGAGGAGCUCUACCACAAGUCCUGCGCUCUGGCAGAGGACACCCAGGAAGUGAGAGACACCUUCCAACACCCUGCCAGACUCAUUAAGUUUUUGGUGGGAAUGAGAGGUAAAGACGAGGCCAUGGCCAUCGGUGGUCACUGGUCUCCCUCUCUGGACGGAGCUGACCCAGAGAAGGAUCCUUCAGUCCUCAUAAAGACAGCCAUACGCUGUUGCAAGGCGCUCACAGGCAUAGACCUUAGUCUGUGCACUCAGUGGUAUCGUUUUGCAGAGAUUCGCUAUCAUCGGCCGGAGGAGACACACAAGGGGCGGACAGUCCCUGCUCAUGUGGAGACAGUGGUUUUGUUUCUUCCGGAUGUUUGGCAUUGUCUUCCUACCCGCUCAGAGUGGGAGGUGCUGUCACGGCGACUCCGGGAGCAGCUGGCUGAGAAGCUGUCGGCCGAGCGAAAGGAGGCGGAUGGAGAACAGGAGGAAGAGGAGAAGGAUGACGGUGAAUCGAAGGACGUUUGUAUUCCUACUCACUGGACUAAACUUGACCCGAAAUCAAUGAAGGUAAAUGACCUGCGAAAAGAGCUGGAUUGUCGCUCCCUAAGCUCUAAGGGGUUAAAGUCGCAGCUAAUCGCUCGCCUCACAAAGCAGCUAAAGGUGGAGGAGCAGGUGGAGGAGUCCAAAGAGCCAGAGAAACCAGAGAGCAAAGUGGCAGAGGAAGAGGAGCCACCUCGCACAGAGGAAGACAGAGAAGAGGAGGAAAGGAAGAGGCUGGAGGAGAUUGAACGCCAGCGGAGAGAAAGGCGCUACAUCCUCCCUGAUGAACCCACCAUCCUCGUACACCCCAACUGGGCAGCCAAGAACGGCAAAUUUGACUGCAGUGUCAUGUCCCUGAGUGUGCUACUGGACUACAGACUGGAAGACAACAAGGAGCACUCUUUUGAGGUCUCCCUUUUUGCUGAGCUGUUUAACGAGAUGCUACAAAGAGACUUUGGGUACCGCAUAUAUAAAGCCCUCGCUGCUAUUCCUGCCAAAGACGAGAAGAAGGAAAAGGACAAGAAAGCCAAAAAAGAGGCAGAAAAGAAGGAGACGGAGAAAAAGGAAGUCAAGAAGGAAAAAGAAGAAGAGAAUGAAGAACCAGCCACGAAAAAAAUCAAAGAGGACGAGGAGGACAGGAGGAAGAUCGAUGAAAAGACUGUGAAAAAGGAGGAGUCUCGUGAUGAAGAGGAGAACGAAGACGAUGGCAGCACAGCCAAUGCUGAAGAAUACGACCCCAUGGAGGCUGAAGAUGCAGAUGAUGACGAUGAUGACAAGGACGACGAUGACUCAAAUGACAGAGACAGGAAAGAUCCUAAGGAUGACCGCAAGUCAUCAAAAGAGAGGUCCUCCAAAGACAAGGAGAAGAAGCAGAUGGUCACAUACAACAAGGAGCUGCUGAUGGCGUUCGUCUACUUUGACCAGAGCCACUGUGGCUAUUUGCUGGAGAGAGACCUGGAGGAGAUCCUGUACACACUGGGACUACACCUUUCUCGUGCUCAGAUAAAGAAGCUGUUGAACAAACCGGUGGUUAGAGAGUCUUGCUACUACCGUAAAUUGACGGACAGGGGAAAGGAUGAACCCAUUCCCUCCUUUAAUGAAGCUCAGAUAGAAAACCUUAUAGGUAACCGAGGAGUACUUCCUACUCUAAAAGCUCGUGCUCAGUCAGAGGCCAGCGAGUCCGGUAAUCUGAUCGUCUAUAACGGAGCCAUGGUCGACAUCGGCAGCAUAAUGCAGAAACUGGAGAAGAGUGAGAAGUCCAGAGAGGAGAUAGAACAGAAACUCAUGGUGCAGGAUGUCAAGAUGGAUGAAGAUGCGAAGGUUAAAGCACAGUUGGAACAAGCUAACAAAGCUUUAUCCAGGGAACUGGAGGAGGUGAAAACCACUCUGAGCCAAACUGAGCAGAAUCUGAAGGCCGAGGAGGAGCAGAAGACCACCUACCACAGCCAGAUAAGCAAGACGUGCAACACCUUGAUGUCCACCGUCAAAGGGCUGCUGGUAGUGAUGAACAAGGAUAAGAAUGUCGAGGAGUCUUUGGAGGAAGUCUUCGGCAAACAAAUUCAGAUGUCUCAAACCAACGGCGCUGAUGAAUGACGCACAAGUUUGAAAUGAAUGAAGCAAACCUGUAACACUGAUUAUCUUAAGAAUUGUAAAUAAUAACUAAACAUGCAUAAGAUGUUAAUUUGGUCCUAUUGUUUCCCAAAUACAUGUAUAAAUUAAUUGAUUAGUUCCCACGUGUUAAUUUGACCACCGUUUCUGUGUACUGAAGUUUCUGUUUGUGAUGAGUUGCUUUUCUUAACUUGAAUGAUUUUAACAAUGUCAAAGCUUUGAAAGGCUUAUUUUCAUAGUUAAAGUUAAGUUUGGUCGCUUUCUUUUGCUUUCGCUUUGUUAUGGCCAAUAAAAUGCCACAUUGUAGAUUUAAAUGCCAGUAUGUGUGAGUUCUACUUCUCAGAGAUUUUUUUUCUAAUGAGCAAUAAGGAUGCUAUUUAUGUGCGAGAGAAUUCAUUAAAAGAUAUAUUUAAAAUAAACUAAUUUUGAAAGGAAAGGGGCGGGAAGGGACUCUGACGAAAGAGAGAAUUUACUUUUGUAAUUCCUCCUCAUCUGCUGUUUAACCACAACUGUGUUGACCAAACACAUUCAGUUUGCAGUUGUUCUUCUUGGCUGAUUUAACUGGUUUCUGCUGUUUCUUGAUUGUUUAAACACAGCUAUGCAUGGUUCCUGUCUCUCUUGGGCAUUUUUGCUGUCAGCACCUCCUGACUGUAUCCAUCCACUGCUGCGCUGCCACUCACAGUGCUUCAUGUUUUACUGUGACUAGCAUCCGUCUCGUUUUCUGACAAAGGAAAACUACAUGCGAGCCAAAAAAUAUAUAAGCUCAAUGAAUGUGCAUUCUGCUGCGGAGACGUGAACAUUUUGAAAUCCAUCUCUGAAAUGUUUGUGUUGGUUUGGAUUGUUGUAGAGAUGAGCCACACUAAUAUUCAGAUGUGCUCCAGAGCAGGCGGUUUUAUUUUUCUAUUGAAGAUGUACACAAUGGAUGUCUUGUGGAAGAGUAAAGUGGUUCAUUUUAACACUA